AAGAAGGAAGAAUACUGGCAGGGUGGGGGACAGUCAAAGAGUAUAUGGCCAAUCCUCUUGCUAGUGAUUCUGACGACGACAAGAAAAUUUCACGCGCCGAGAAUAAGGCUGUGAAAAGGUUAAAGGAUAAGCAGAAAAAGAAGAAAGACGUUUUUCUCAACAGACAGAGGUCAAAGUAUGUAUAUCAAAGUCCUAGUUUUGCGGCGGGAGCUCCGGGUCAGGUUUCUACUUCUGUGCGGCAUUCUGAUGGGAAUCAGCUUUUUCGUGGCCAGCGGGGAAACCAGGGAGCCUGUUUUGCAUGUGGGGAUUUCCGACACUUCAGGAAAGAUUGUCCAAUCGUUAACAAAUAAGCGGGACAGUCCAGGACUGGGACAUAAUAUAAGGACACAGAGACUCGAGAGGCUCAAGUUAUCAAAGAUUUAGCGACACGUGCUUUGAAAGAUGAGUAUGAUAUGGUACCGGAUCACCUUAAAGACUUAGCAUUGACGGUUCCACACUUGCUACAGGGGUGUAGAGCAGACAGUACCGUUAGGAAAUAUUGCCAUGGUUAUUUGCGAUGGAAACAAUGGGCAUUUCAAAACAAUUUUGAGGAACAGGAUAUUUUUCCGACGAAACCGUUCGUUUUUUGCAUAUAUUUAUCUUAUUUGGUUAGAAAUAACGGCAAAGUUGGAAGUAUUACAGAUGCACUAUAUGGUAUAAAAUGGGCACACAAUAUUGUAGGUAAAUCAUCACCCACAGAUUCUUUAUUAGUAAAAAAUGUAUUUGAGGGAGCGAAACGAUUGUUAGCGAAACCUAUUAGGAGGAAGGAACCAAUCACCGUGUCAAUUUUGAAUAAUGUAUAUGAUAAACUCUUCGAUAAGAACAAUUUGUAUAAUCAAAGAAUUUUAACAAUGUGUUUAUUUGCUUACUCAGGUUUUAUGAGGAGUGCAGAGGUUUUAGCGUUACGGAGGUCUGAUAUCCAGAUACGCACAACACAUUUAGAAAUUUUCGUGGAGCGGUCGAAAACAGAUGUAUACAGAGAUGGUGCAUGGAUUCUUGUGAGCAGAACGGAGUCGCGUUUGUGUCCAGUGUGUAAUUUUGAAAUUUAUUCCAAGUUGUCUGGGAUUUGUGAUGAUUCCGAGGAAUAUGUUUUUCGUAAUGUUACGAAGAAAGGCGACAAGUAUGUGCUUAGGAAAGCUAAUAAACCGAUGUCUUAUUCGCGCUUUCGGGAACAUUUCAUCGAGUCCUUUUCUGCUUUUGUGCCCGACAUUAAAAGUUAUGGAUUGCACAGUUUUCGCGCAGGUGGAGCUACUGCUGCAGCUAAUUGUGGUAUUCCGGAUAGGUUGUUUAAACGCCAUGGGAGAUGGCGGUCUGAGACAGCCAAAGAUGGGUAUGUUAAAGACAAAUUUGACGAAAGGUUAAGCGUUUCUCAACAUUUGAAUUUAUAAUUUAUAGAAUCGUGACAGUUUUAGUGUGCGUAUCUGGGAUUAAUUCUAUUCAUAAUAUAGAUUUGAAAACAAUUUUCCCGUUCUUUGAGUUUCAUCAGUCAGUGCCUAUGUCGCUGGGAAAUACAAGAUUUUGUAUUUGUGUUAUUAUUCCUAUUGGAUAAUAAUUUAGGAGAGAAAUAUAAUUUCAACCGGUUGACGGUUUAGGAAUUAGGAUGAAAUUAUUUUCUCUUUGGUAUGAGAGUAGCCAAUAGGUGGCUCUAGUCGUGCUACAGGUGUUCGCACGUGCUGAGAUAGUGUAUAUACGUGUCAUUCAGGCGACACAGGUAAAGCCGUGCACACGUGAAUUUUUUGUUGUUGUUAUUUAUAAAUAA